AUGGGAGCACCUCAGGAAGCAAUCACGGAAGAUGAGAUGGUCGGAAUGGAGCUUCCAGAUACAAAGACAAAGAUAAAUUCCAAGAAUGCGUUCACAGAAUUAAUGUCCAAGAAACCCACCGAUCCUGAAAAAUCUGGCAAGCAUGCAAAUUCUGACAAGGCAAAGCCAAAGAUGUCUUUCGAUAGGAGGGAUGGCCUGGGAGUAUACACAGUCGACCCUGAUGCUUACGACAGAGUGCUGUUCAACAACGAACAUGCGGUCAUCAUCAAGGAUAUGUUCCCCAAGUCUUCCGUCCAUCUACUGGUCCUUCCAAAGUCUGAUCGCAAUUUGUUGCAUCCGUUCAAGGCGUUUGAAGACCCUCAACUGCUUGCGGACAUCAAAGUGGAAGUUGAAAGGGCCAAACAAAUGGUGGCAAGCGAGCUGCGGCGGAAGUACGGCCAAUUUUCCAAAUCAGAACAGGCAAGAAUUCAAGCCAGAGAUUCAGAUGACCCUCCAGAAGUCCUUCCAGAAGGGCGCGAUUGGAUGAAGGAGAUUAUUACUGGUGUUCAUGCAGUGCCCUCAAUGAACCAUCUCCAUGUCCACGUCAUGUCGAGAGACAUGGUAAGCGACUGCUUGACAAGGAGCGCUCAUUACAACAGCUUCCAGACCUCUUUCCUCGUACCACUGGAGAAAUUCCCCUUAGCAGACGAUGAUCCAGUACGGCGACUUGGACACGGGCCUUGGAAUACUGUUGAUCUCGUCUGCUGGCGGUGCAAGAAAAAUUUUGGGAACAGAACGACCAAGUUGAAGGCGCAUUUGGCUGAAGAGCACGAUCAGUGGAAGAGAGAGUAG